CUCGGUCUCGAACGUGUAACCGGAUAUCCGGAUAAUCGACUGGCAUGGGCAGAAAAGUGUUCCGAAAGAAAAAAGUGCGCGCUGUGGACAUGCAUCGCUUGGUAUACCUGGGCAAUGCCGCGCUGCGCACUGUGUCGCGUGAUGUGAAGGACGUCAUGCAGAUCGCGCCAGUCGUCAAGGCGAUGAAGAGCAUUGUGGGCGAACACCAAGGGCUCGGUCUUGCAGGUCCUCAAGUUGGCGUGAACCAACGCUUCUUCCUCAUGAUUGAAUCCAUCCCUCAAGACGACGACACGCCGUUCACGUACGAAGCAGUGAUCAACCCCGUGAUCAACUCCAAGUCGGCCGCCGUGACCAAGGACUUUGAAGGAUGCUUGAGUUUCCCUGGGUACCAAGGCGUCGUGUCGCGAGCCGAAGUGAUUGACGUCACGUACACGACACUGGACGGCCGCAAGAUUGAAAACCGAACGCUCGCCAACCUCCACGCGCGCGUAUUCCAGCAUGAACUGGACCACUUGGAUGGCGUCAUGUUCCUCGACAAGAUCGACAUGUCGACGUUGAUCCACGACGAUGAAUUCCGCAGCCGAGACUACUUGGACCUCCAAAUGCUCCUUAAAGACGACUAAUCAUCAUCAUCUGUGGGGUAUUCAUGUGUUUUUUAAUAUUUUUAAAAAAUAUAUAUUACACAAACGCUUUGUGGUCUGUGUCAGUCAAACUCCGCAGUUUCGACGGCGCUGGUGCUGCCACGUCAUAAAGUGCAAAGAGACCUUUGUACACCGCCAGGGUGGUCAACCCAAACAAGCCCAGCCACAACCACCGGGACGACUCGGCUUGGAAGAAGGCAUCACCACGAACCAACUCUUCAACACAUUGACUCCGUCCCUUGAUCUAUGCGACACAGUUAGGAUGUACUACAUAUGGGCUGUACUUUCAUCUCCAAUCAGGCCAUCACGCAGCCAAGCAACAUCACAUGAACAUCAUCGCAUAGAACACGUGGAGAUGAUUAUCAUGUAUACUCGAACGAGUAGGAAGAUCGAUGACUACGUAUGUUGGUACUAGGGAGCUUGGUGGACUGUAUCACAGACGUCACGCCACCAUGAUAGUGAUGGUAUCCCCAUAAACAGGAAGGCCAUGCAAUGGUAUUGAGUGAUAACGUCAUCAUGGAGCCCAUUUCACAAGCUACUACUUACUGUCCCAAGCAAGCCAGACAUUGGGAUGGCUGAACCACCAGAGCAGGGCAAACUCAGGAAUACCAAGCAAUCCACCGACAUAAUAUGGUCAAAUCCGAUUAUAUUUGGACUUUUCGAGUAGAAUCGAAUGCCAAAAGUAUUGAGAAUGUUCUAGCCAAUCAAAGUAGUGCACAACGAGAAAUGUCAUCCAAUCAUCGAUUAGAAUCAAUUCAAAAAAUAUUCCUCAUAUAGACAUUGAAGAAGCUUCAAAUGUGACCCAAAUGUAUACAUUGAAGAAGCUAGAAACCUGACUCGAAACAGUAAAGUCCAAAUUUCACUGACAAUAUAGUAGUAGUACAUACAGUAAGUAUAUAUCAUCGUACCACAAUGCCAUCGUGGAGUUCUUUCGCAAACUCUUGCGCGACGACCUUUUGGGCGUUAGCAGGUACGGCCACCACCCGCCCGAGGAAGUCGAGGUGCUUCAAUGGCACCACGUCUUGCUCGGCGAAUACGCGGCGGCGGUUGGUUCCGUCCUGCUUGACGCUGUACGUCGCGGCCUUGGUGUCUCGAUGGACAAACCAGAGCAUGGCGUGCGGCUGGCCUGCGUGGUACGGCUCGGAGACGCACCACGACGGGAUGUACUUGUUGGGGAGGGCAGUCGGGUCAAACGACUCGUCCUUAUCGAAGAUGCGCAUCAUUCGUUGCGACGGGUCGAAGUGAACGUGCAGAUGGUUGGCUUCUAGCUCGGUCACGAUGUGCCAGAACGCAGUAUCGUCCAUCGACGUUGUGUCCACGGCGAUCUCGACCGUGGAUACGUGGAAGUCCAUGUCGAGGGGUGGCGGCCGCCGCCCGACGGAUGAUUUCGCCGCGGCCAGGAGCGUGCCGGCGUCGCCCUUGGCAUUGGCGAGAAGCAGCGCUUCCAUCAAAGUCCCAAACGCAAGCCAGUGUAUCACAUUCACCUUGUCAAGGACAGACAGGGUGAUCCCGCCGAUGCGCGACGUGUGUCGGGAAAACGACUCGCUCACGUCGCAUCCUUGUUGAUACCGGAGUUCCGACAGCACGAAGAACGCCAAGAGGCCAGACACAACGACCAGAGUCCAUCGGUUGUAGCGUCUUCCUCUGCCGCCUCCACCGCCGCUUGGCGACGCCGACGUCCGGUGGUCCGACGACCGACUCGACUCACCUGCCGGCAUCGAGUUCUUUCGUGGCAUACUCGCGCGUGGACUGUUCACCUGAUGAUUCUCAUGCGGUAGCUGAUCUGGAUUUACUCCGCUAUGCCGGCGUUGCAUCGUGCAGAGGUUGGUUCCAGGGGGCGGUUGAGCGGGCGGCACACGAACAGUGAG